AGCAUAUAUAUAUUCAGCGUGUCGUUUCGGAAUUUACGUUACGAUACAAAUGUACAACUGUUCUAAAUUUCCUUCCCCUUCACGUACAGAACGGUGAAGUUAGCGAGCACACGAGGCGGGGUUUUGUCGGGAUUUUUCGGGAUUUUGUCGGGAUUUUCACCACAAUCUCGCGAGACUUCAUAGGCAAGCCACACAAGACGCAGGCAAGAUGGCGGCGCUCGCAGUGGUGGAAACUCCGUCUGGAAAAGAUGCCAUUGCCGAAGGGCUUAUGGAUCUGUUGAAACCAGCAGUGCAGCAGCUUGAUCUACAUGUGCAUGCAGUGAGGGAGAGUCAAGUGGAGCUCCGAGAACACAUUGACAACUUGGCAACUGAGCUGUGUAGAAUUAACGAACACCAGAAAGUCGCCCUGGACUUGGAUCCCUAUGUAAAGAAACUGCUCAAUGCCAGGCGCAGAGUGGUUCUGGUUAAUAACAUCCUACAGAAUGCACAAGAACGCUUACGGAGGUUGAACCAUAACGUGGCGAAGGAGACGGCGCGCCGGAAAACCAUGCUUGAAACGUCCGGAGCGUUUUCCACUCGGUCUCCUAGCAAGCCGUGAUGAGCGGCAGCUAAACAAUGGACUGCACGAUGAAGACACUGUGUGCACUAUUCCAUGAAAUGUUCCUGUGUAUAAUCACAGAUGCGGUGGUCUAUGCACAGGAUCGGCUAAUGUACAGCACUGAGGCCUGGGCUCGUUUAGAAGCAGCCAGAGAGCCUGCCUUGUACUGAGAGCUGUUUUUUAAAAUAUAUAUAUAUAUAUAUAUAUAUUUGCACAAGAAAAUCACGAGUUUAGUAUGCGUAAUGAUUAAUAGCCGUGAUUAACGAUUAAUAAUGAAUGCCUCUUUGAUAUGCAAAUGGCUUGAACUCUUCUGAUUAUGUUUUCGUCACACAGUACAACUGUUUGUAUCUUUAAAUCCCAAAAAGCAUGAUCGUAUGAAAGAGAAUUGGUAGAUUUUUUUUUCUCAACUAAGCGGUAGCUAACCUCUAUAUAACCUUUAUUAAGCUAGCUUAAUAAAACACUUAUCCAGAUGUGCUGCCUAGCAUUAGACUAGCUACUAUGUUGUGUAGUCAUGCUUGAGUGAGAGAGAGAGAGAGAGAGAGUGUGAGUGUGUAAGUAGAGUACAUUCCAGUUUAUUAUUAAACCAGAUUGCACA